GUAUACAUUUACAGGUAUACAAGCUACUAUUCUUCUGGAUUGCAUUACUUUACAUAAUAAGAUGUUUUUCUGACUGAAAGUUUAUCUAAUAAGUAUGAAUCUGCUUCCUGGAUAUACUUUUUAUGUUCUGGAAUACUGAAGCUCUUCAAGAUUAUUGUCUAUGUGGAAGCCAGCCAUUGUCAUACUUCGUUAAAGAGAUUAGAUUCUGCUAGCAAUGAGUUCUCAAAAUCAUUCAGUUGAUGUGUCCGCAACAAUACCUUUGCAAGUUUCACCUAUGGAUUUUCACUUGGAUCAUCAAUUCUCCAUAUCAGUGACUGAACCUACAUUACGUGAACAGCAGCUCCAACAGGAAUUGUUAGCCCUCCAACAAAAACAACAAAUCCAAAGACAGAUCCUCAUAGCAGAAUUCCAGAGACAACAUGAACAACUUUCUCGUCAACAUGAAGCCCAACUACAUGAACACAUAAAGCAGCAACAGGAGAUUUUAGCAAUGAAACAUCAGCAGGAGCUAUUGGAACACCAGAGAAAAUUAGAACAGCAUCGGCAGGAGCAAGAAUUGGAGAAACAACACAGAGAGCAGAAGCUCCAGCAGCUUAAAAACAAAGAGAAAGGAAAAGAAAGUAAGUAAAAGCAUGCUAGGUUAUGCUUAUGUAAUAGACACAUUUCUCUGCAACAAAACAUCAAAAAAGAACUUGUACUUCAUUGACUGCUCCUGCCGCUUUAACCUGGAAAAACUAAUCAAGAGCCUAUUUUAUAGAUAGAUUUGAAACGACAUUAGAACUACAAUCCUAAUUUAGCCCAAGGAUAUUCACCACAGUCUUCAUGGUGCACCUACAGAACUGUGUGUGCAUAAUCUACUAUUUUACUAUGUUCCAAGAUUCAACUUUUUUGUGAGAUUGAGCCCUGUUGGCUCAUGCCCACCUUGAGAAUAUUAUCAGACUUUUCAGCCCAACACUGUGGGGCUGAAAAACUAUCCAACA